GUAUCUCUCUCUUUACUUGACUUCUACACAUCAUGUGGCUCUACCUGGUGGCCCUGGUGGGCCUGUGGACGCUCCUGCGCUUCUUCAGAGAGAGGAAGGUGGUGAGCCAUCUCCAAGACAAGUAUGUCUUCAUUACGGGCUGUGACUCGGGCUUUGGGAACCUGCUGGCCAGACAGCUGGACAGGAGAGGCAUGCGGGUGCUGGCUGCAUGUCUGACAGAGAAGGGAGCCGAGGAGCUGAGGAGAAAGACAUCUGACAGGCUGGAGACAGUGAUCCUGGAUGUCACCAAGACGGAGAGUAUUGUGGCAGCCACUCAGUGGGUGAAGGAGCGUGUUGGGGACAGAGGGCUCUGGGGUCUGGUCAACAACGCUGGCAUCUCCAUCCGCUUGGGUCCCAAUGAGUGGAUGAACAAACAGGAUUUUGCAAGUGUACUGGAUGUGAACCUGUUGGGUGUGAUCGACGUGACUCUGAACAUGCUGCCCUUAGUGAGGAAGGCGAGGGGCCGUGUGGUCAAUGUCUCCAGCAUCAUGGGCCGAGUUUCUUAUGUUGGUGGUGGUUACUGCAUCUCCAAGUAUGGCGUAGAGGCCUUCUCAGACUCGCUCAGGAGGGAGCUCUCCUAUUUUGGGGUGAAGGUGGCUAUUAUAGAGCCUGGUUUCUUCCUGACUGCCAUGAGUGAUAAUGCCAGAUUAUCCUCAGACAUCCAGAUGCUGUGGGACCACACCAGCCCAGAAAUCAGGGAGAUCUAUGGCGAGAAAUACCUGGCAUCUUAUCUGAAAAGGCGAAGUGAAUUGGGCCAGAGGUGCAACAAGGACCUGUCUUUGGUGACUGACUGCAUGGAGCACGCUCUGACUGCCUGUCACCCUCGCACCCGAUACUCAGCUGGCUGGGAUGCCAAGCUCUUCUACCUCCCCUUGAGCUACCUGCCCACCUGUCUUGUGGAUGCCCUUCUCUACUGGACUUCCACGAAGCCUGAGAAAGCUCUCUGAAGUCUUUACCUAUGCGCAUAGUUGGAGAGAAUUAGGGGGUGUAAUGGAGGGAAUUCUUAGGGGAAAUUAGAAGGGUAGACGGAGGGAGUUUAUUAUUCUGGGGUUCUUAGUCCACAUGCUUCAUAUCAUAAAUUCUCCUAUGAUACUUCUCAAGGCUGGUGAUGACCAAAGAAAUAUGCAAAAAAUUCUGCAAAGAGAUUCAGAUACAAAGUGCUGGCUGAUGCUCAGGCCCUGAGCAUCAUGGCCUACCGUGAGGAUCCACACAAGUGAGGAGGUUGUGACCAGCUUGUGACAAGCACUGCCCUAUGUCCUUCUUUGAUGAAAUCCACAGGCUCUGGCUAGUUUAAACCCUUAUGCAGCAGUGUCCCUGCUCGGAAGUCCCCUGUGACCAUGGUGUGAGGUCUGAGAGAGUCACUAACAAUGCCAGCAAUCAGCCCUGGAGUCAGGUUGGCAAGCCCUGGGUGGGAGGUCCAGUCCCUGGUGGUGAGAAUCCAGCAGAGGAUGGAGACACCAAGUUUUGAUUCUUUUUGAAAUAAUUUUUUUUACUCUUAUUUUUCGAGCAAAUAUGAGGUGAUCCCCUGUGCAUUUGAAGUAUGGCUUUGCCAUUUGGUGAGGUUUGGAUCACAGAGCUAAGGGGAAUGGCCUGAGGAGUGUUGGCAGAGGCCUGCAGGCUCUCCUUGACUGGUUCAUCCCUCCAGCCACUGAGGUGGGAACACCUCCUCUCCAUUCAAAACUUAACCAAAACAUGUAAGGCAGGAGACUGUGCAUGCAAGUCCAUGGACAGAAUUUACCUGUAGGCCUCAGCUCCACCACUUCCCUCCCUGCAGACUCACUAAGUGACCAUCCCUCUCUGGAGACUCACUAAGUGACCAUCCCUCUCUGGAGAC